UUUCAUUUCAAUUUGAGUAAAACAUUGAAGAUAUAACAUUGUAUUGUUUUCUUUUUACACUGACUCGGAUAUAAUGAAAAUACUACGUCAGUCGAAGCUCAGCGUUGGUAAGGAAGAGACAGGACAGGCAGAGAGAAAGAGAAAGUGAUGGAAGUCAGGGAGGAACUGAUGAAUCAAGAAGACGCCCACCAGGAGCAGUGUUCAUGGAAACGUGAUCCUGCUUCUCCCACUCGUGUUGACGGUGGAUUAAAGGAACAGAUUGCAGAACAACUCAAGCGGCUCCCCAGUCUAUCAGUGUUCAGUAAACAAGGGCUUCUCCUGCCUAUUUGGAGCAGAUCCACCUACAACAAGAUGUCCUUAAGCUCAACACCUAUGUGGCCUUGUUCAGCUUUACUCCCCAAGACAGCCAUGACCUGGAGAUGAGCGCAGGAGACAGAAUCUUAGUGGCUGACGACUCGAAUGAUGACUGGUGGAAGGGGGUUAUUGAGGACAGGAUCGGUUACUUCCCGGCGGCCUAUGUUCAUCAGGCUGGGAUUGAGGACCAAGUGUUCAGGUGUAACAGGACGUUCAUCGGCUGUAAGGAACAAGGACAGAUCACCUUAAAGGAGGGACAGAUCUGUGUGAGCAGUGAGGGCGAACACAGCGGCUUCAUCAGAGUGGCGAGUGGAAAGAAGAGAGGCUUCGUGCCCUACGAUGUUCUGGAAAUCAUAUGAGACAAGCACUCGGAGACAGAAAGAGAGAGACUGAGACAACCAAGAGGAGGAGGAAACUAAAACUGCCAAAUGGCUCAGAGAAACCAGGGAGAGACUUUGCCUCGUCAGACGUUUUGAUGUUAAAGUGAUACUGGUUUUGUGAAUGAAGACUCUGCUUUGUUGUGGGUCAGAGUCUCCGUACCUUCUUCCCUCUAACACAGAGCUAGAUGCUAAAGUAGACAUUAUAGUGUGUUUGCUAAACAGAAGCCCUCUGUUUCACUGGAUUUGAUUUAAUUUAUAAAGCUGAUUGAAGUGUUUCUGUUCCCCUUAGUUUGAUUUUGCCACAAACGGUUUGUCUUUUAAAAAUGGAAACUCCCGUCUGGCUGUUUAAGCCAAAGAAAAGGAAACAAACACAAAGCACAUCCAAUGGCAUUCCUCUUACAAAUAGUUUAGUUUCUCAUGCUUUGACAUCAUGUUGCCGGCAAAAGUUUAGCUUUUAAUCCAAGGAUUUUAAGUUUGUAAUAAAUGGCUGAUUAUUUUGGAUGACAAAAUGCCAGAUGUCAGAAGGCAAUGGAAAAUUGUAUCACAGUAAACCUACUUCGGAAUUUUUUUUUUAACUUGCCAUAUAACUUCCAAACUACAGUGACAGUCCUAAGGUAGAAGGUGAUUCACAACAAAGAGAUUUGAGAGUAUUUUCAGAGGAAUUUGUCACAAUCAAAGACUUCAGAAAUGCUCAGUGGUCUUUUCAAAAUAUCGCCCUCAUAUUCCCCAGAUUUCAAAUGUCUGACUCAUUGCAUUUCCUGAAUUACUCAAUGGUGACGGUUAUAUGCAUUUUUAUUUAUCGUUAAAAUCAGAACCCUUAUUUAAAAUCUGUGUUCCACUAGAAAACAAACUUGUUAUUUACGAAUGUUUACCUUUUAAAUUGUUUCCAUGCUUUGGGAUCCAUUUGACUGAUCUUUUAAGGCUUGUCUUUAAUUAAAUUAUUUCUCUUUUUGGUGAUUCUGAGAGGUGUUACAUCAUAGUAGAUAUAGUAUAUCUCUUAAAGGUUGUUCUGCACUAAAACGUGGCUUUAUUGAAUAUCCUGUAAAUACUGUACAUACAAAAUAAAAAAAUAUUCUUUAUCACAACAAA